GCAGAUCUUGCUGUCGGGCAUGUUCCACUGGCUGCCUAACAUAACUCUCCUCCCCGUUCUGGCGCUCAACGCGGUGAUCUUUGUAUUGGCCAUCGACAGGUACGCGCAAACCAGGAGGAGUUUGACCACGCAGCUGGAGACUUUCGAUGUGCGCCAAUCCAGGUGCGCCUUUGAAUCUGACCGUGAGACUGUCUACCAUACCAUUCGCCAAUGGUUCACUGAUCUGGACGCGUUUAACACGAACGUUCGGGAAAAUGUUCGCGACCACGUCGUCAAAUCCCUGGGCCACGAGUUUCACUUCCCCAAGAGACUCACCUUUCCUCCAAUGCUCUUCAGCAUCUUCACCCAGCUGGAUCGGAUUGCUGCAGGCGAUUUCGAGACGCAGACAGUGUUCAAAGUCUUUGCUUUUGUGGCGGACGUCCCUCGCCUAGGCGCGCUGAUACCGAUGUUCAUUGUGAUGGCCUAUUGCUUCUCCAAAAUGGCUCGUCGCUGGCUGGGCUGUUUGCUUUUCAUCCUCUGCUCUCUCAGUGUGCAGAUGUUGCUGACCUUCGGUGAGCAAGUGCUCCAUGAAGGGACGCCGAUAUGGAUCUGCAUCGCAGAGAUCACGUCACAGUGGAUGUUAUUCAUUGUGCUUCUCGAGCUUUCUCCAAUGCUUUCCGUUUGCAGGAGGAUCAUGGCAUUGCGGCUGCCCACGGGCUAG